AUGUCUAAUCUCACGCUAUCAGAAGCAAAAAAUAAAAGAGCUCACAUAAGAGCAUCGGCGACACGGCUAAAAACUUUCAUAGAAGGUUAUGAUCCUAAUCAAGGAUCACGACACGACAUUACCGAACGUAAGGUUAAGCUAUCAGAUUUGUGGGAUCAAUUUGAAGCCGUUCAAUCGCACAUAGAAACAAUUGAAAAUGAGGAUCCCGCGAAUACAGACAAAGAUGCCCUACUGGCACGACAAAUCCAACAAAGGGAUAGCUUUGAAAAUCCUUAUUUUCAUUUGGUAUCGCGUUACGACACUGUAUUAGAACAUUUCGAUCGGCGUGAGGCUACAGCUUCAAUAUCUAACGAGCUUAAUAAUGUAGGGAACAUCGCAAGACAAUCUCGCGUUAAAUUACCUAAAAUAGAGCUUCCAGUUUUUUCAGGCUCUUACGAAGACUGGUACUCGUAUCAAGACACAUUUGAAAAGCUUAUUCACACAAAUGACAUUCUCGAUGAUAUAGAAAAGUUCCACUAUUUACGCUCAUCUUUAAGGAGCACCGCAGCGGAAGUGAUAAGCUCUAUAGAAAUUACAACAGACUUUUAUCAAGAGGCGUAG